AUGCUUCGAAUCAAACAAGAUCCAGAAACAUCAUUUCUUACGCAAGAACAAGUUUUCGUACCGUUAAAACGAGUAAAUGUGGAAGUAACAAUUCCUUCAUUUGCUGCCGAUGUAAUUAUAACACAAGUAUUUCGUAAUGAUGAAAAGCAACCAAUCGAAGCUGUCUAUUGUUUUCCAAUUGAAGAACAAGCAGCUAUUUAUUCUUUUACAGCUCGUAUUGACGAUCGCGAAAUUGUCGCUCAAUUGAAAGAAAAAAAAGAAGCACAACAAGAAUAUGAUAAUGCUUUACAACAAGGACAUGGAGCUUAUUUAUUAGAGCAAGAUGAAAAUGCUCAAGACAAUUUUAUUAUUAAUGUCGGUGCUUUACUUCCAUCAAAAGAAUGUACUAUUACUAUUGCUUAUGUUACUGAAUUAGAUUUUGUACAAGGUUCAACAAUUCGAUUUGUAGUUCCAACAACUAUUGCACCUCGUUACAAUCUUGACAAAGGUAGUAUUGCAUCACCUGCAGAUACUCAUUCAAAAUAUGUUCAAUCAACUCCUUAUACAAUUGAAUUUCGUUGUCGUAUCGAUAAGAUCGCCAGAUCUCAACAAGAAUAUAUUGCUCAUCGAGAUAUUCUAAUUAAUAUCGAAUUGACUGAUAAACGAGUUAAUACAAUUGUUGCUGUUGAACCUAGUGCUGUUAUGGCUGCAUUUACGCCUACUGAAAAAGAUUGUCGUCAAUGA